GAGAUGUUCGUGAAGUUUGGGCGGCGGCGUGGACAGGCUAAGGAUAGCACGAAAAUGAAGAACUGUGAAGAAGCCCAAGAUCUGUAUCCAGCUCUUCUUCCUAAUAAAGUAAAUCUCCAUCAGGUCACCAUAAUUCCACAUAAUGAGUGGAAAAGGAUUCAAGAUAGCCUUGAUCAUUUGACAAGAGAAGCAGCCUGUCUGCGUGCAGAAAGAAAGGCAAAGAAAGAAAUGCAUUUACGAUCCCAGGAAGUAGUAAAACAUUGGACCAAUACGUAUGCAGGCUUGAAGGAACAGAAACUCAAAGCAAAAAAGAAGCAUGAUGCAGAAAUAGAGGCAGAAAGACAAACACUUGAUAUUGAAGAAGCAAUAUAUAAACAAGGAGAAAGAAAAAAAGCCAUUGAAAAUGCAAGGCAGUAUCAGUUUUAUCAAACACAGAGAGUGAAAAACUUUCAUUCAGGACUUCUUCUUAGUAGAACUAUGAAAGAACGUGAUGCCCAGAUUGAAUAUCAAAAGAAUAAAACAAGAUCAGAUAAAAAAUGGGAGGAACAAAAUAAGCUUAAUAUUGAAAAGGCUUUUAAAAAAGAACAAGAGGAAGCAGAAAAACGCCAAAGACAGAGAGUCGCUCUUGCCAAUGACCUGCUUAAGCAAAUAAAAGAACAUGAAGAAGAAAGAGAAAGAAAGAGAAAAGAAGAAGAAAGGGAUGCUGAGGAGAUUCAGCGACAAAAUUCAUUAUAUGAAAUAGAAAGGAGAAAAAAACUAGAGAAGAAAAAGGCAGAGAUGCUCAAAAACAGGAGAUUGUUUUUGGAAUAUGUGAAUGAUCAAAAUAUUCUCAAAACUGUAGAACAACAGCAGCAGAUAGAUGAAGAUGACAAGAUCAGGAAUUUUAUCAAAGCAAAAAAGCGUCUUGCACAAAUGAGGAAAGAAAAAGAAGCUGAAACACAUAGGCUAAUGGAAGAAAGAAGAGAAAGAAUUAAUAACUUCCUCAGUGAACUAAUGAAAGAGAAACUUGACAAUGAAGAUUUGAUUAUUGCCAGAGAUAUUGCAGAAGCUGAAGCUGAAAGGGAAAAAAGAGAAACCGAAAAAUGCGAAAAAAAUAAAGCAGAAUUAAAAGCAAUUGCAGAUUAUAGAGCCAUGGUGAUGAAACAUAAAGAAGAAGAAGAAAAACAAAGAAAAAUAAAUGCCAAAAACCAAUUGUUAGAUAUCCUAAAGGCUGAUCAAAUUUUUUUUGAGCAUGAAAAGGAGAAAAAACAAAAAGCUGAUGAAGAACGCAGAGCAAUUCAAGAUGCCCACAUUCAGCAAAUGGCCAAAAAUAAGUUUAAUGCAAAGCAAUCAAAGGAAGCUGAAAUAAAUUAUUGCAGACUUACUGAAGCUAUUGCAGCUGAAAAAGAUAAAGAAUUCCAAAAUUAUGCAAGAGAAGUAAUUGAAUCAGAGUCCCAAUCAACAAAGAAAUAUAUUUACCCUCUUGUAAAAGCUGCACAGGAAGGACCUGGAGGUGGUCGUGGGCCAGUGUUUGGGCACAGAUAUGGAUUAAGACCCAGCUAUCAAGUAAAUGAUGCCACUGGAGUUCAGCUCCCUAGUUAUAGCUCUCAGGGAUCCAAAUGUAAUGAUUUUCAAAAGUCUAAGGGAAGACUAGGUUUUACAUGGUAG